UUAAUACUUUUAUGUAAUAAUAUCUACUAACUUUAGUAGUCAAACAAAAAAAUCUCCUAACUUUAUUUGAAGUUUUUUUUAUCACAUUUCGUUGCAAGAGAUUUAUAUGAUUGUAAUCUUCUUAUGUUACAAAUCAAUUCAAUUAAUGUACUAUAUAUGGUGGUCCUGGACAACAUAAGUCUUCAAAAGGUUGUGUCCUUAAUGACUAACCGAUUAAUGCAAACAUACUGUGUUUCUCUUCCAACGUCGUUAAAUUUUUUUUUCGUACGCGAGGUGGAGAAAUUACAUGUAGGUUGAUUGAGAUUUAGUGUUAUAGGGAUCUCUCAUAUGGAUAACUACGUUACACGUGCAAUAGAUUCAGCCGCGAAUCUCCCUGAUUGAGAUUCUGCUACCAUUAUCAAGAAAUAUUAUGUAGGGAUUCGUCGUCGGUUAAGAGAAAAAGGUGGUUUUGUUUGCUUAACCUCCAAUCUCCUCAGCUCUAUCACGAUUUUAAGCCGUCUUAUACGCAAGAGAGACGAAUACUUUUAUUUCACAUAUAAUAAUAAUAAUAUAAAAACUAGCAAGACAAUAACCAAGAGAUUAAGGAAUCACUUAGACAUUUACGUAUUAGUUACACAUGAGAUAUUCUAAAAUGCAAGUCCCUUAGACUCGGCGCCGUUAUCUUGGCACCAUCUGCCUCACACCCGCUUCUUUUAUCUCUUUUUUCUUCCUUCUAAAUCGCAAUCAUCAAGACCCUAACCUAACUAAACUAAAAUUUACCUAACUAACCACCCUAAUAUCAAGAUCCAAGAUUCAAGACAUUUAUCCAUCUCUAACUGUACAUGUAACGCCAAAAUCUAACAUACACAUAUAUACUCCUUUACUAUGGUAAAAGAUUAGUAUCUAUAUAACCGAUCCUGAAAUUUUAAAAAUUAAAUCCUACAAUGACAAAAAGAUAACACAUUAUCAAGUCAUGAGUUGCAUACUAAAUGUAAUUAAUUCAAAAUGUCAGUUCUAUAAAAUAAUACAAAAAUUAGACCAAAAAAAUAAUAAUAUAAAAAUUAGAAAAAGGGGAAGGAACUUGAGAGUAGUUUCUUUAGCAGUUAAGCUGACUUCCAAAAAGCCAUAAUCCUCGCUCUCAAUCUCAUCAACGCCAUUUGCAUUCUUUGGCUAUAUAUACAUGCUUAUAUUCACAUGAACCAUCAAGCCAUACCUCAAAAGUGCUCUGAGCUUUGCUUUAGCCAAGCCACUUUUACAAGAAUGGCUUCCCCUUUCUUGUUUGUUUUCCUUCUCUCUGGUAUUUUACUAGGAAACACCUAUGCUGGUCCCAAUUACAGAGAAGCACUCUCAAAGUCAUUGCUCUUUUUCCAAGGUCAGCGGUCUGGUCGCCUCCCUGGUGACCAAAAACUCUCAUGGAGGUUCAACUCUGGCCUGUCUGAUGGCUCCUCUGCUCAUGUGGAUUUGACUGGAGGGUACUAUGAUGCUGGUGACAACGUGAAGUUCAAUUUCCCAAUGGCCUUCACCACCACCAUGCUCUCCUGGAGCUCUUUGGAGUACGGUAAGAAGAUGGGACCAGAACUCCAGAACGCCCGUGUGGCCAUCCGUUGGGCCACGGACUAUCUGCUUAAAUGUGCCAGGGCUACACCCGGGAAGCUUUACGUUGGAGUAGGAGACCCAAACGGUGAUCACAAGUGCUGGGAACGUCCAGAAGAUAUGGACACUCCUCGCACAGUCUACUCUGUGUCACCCUCGAACCCUGGCUCUGAUGUAGCAGCUGAAACCGCUGCUGCUCUAGCAGCUAGCUCCAUGGUUUUCAGGAAAGUUGAUCCCAAGUACUCUCGCUUGCUCCUGGCAACAGCCAAGAAGGUAAUGCAGUUUGCUAUUCAGUACCGUGGCGCUUACAGUGAUUCCCUUUCCUCUGCUGUUUGUCCUUUCUACUGCUCCUACUCUGGCUACAAGGACGAGCUUCUGUGGGGAGCGGCAUGGCUUCAUAGAGCAACCAACAAUCAGUAUUACUUAAACUUUAUUAAAUCCUUGGGAGGUGGAGACCAGCCUGACAUAUUCAGUUGGGAUAAUAAGUAUGCUGGUGCUUAUGUUCUUCUCUCACGACGAGCAGUACUAAACAAAGACAACAACUUUGAGGUCUACAAGCAAGCAGCUGAAAAUUUCAUGUGCAAGAUCCUUCCUAACUCUCCUUCAUCUUCCACAAAGUACACUCAAGGUGGCUUGAUGUACAAGUUACCUCAGAGCAAUCUACAAUACGUGACAUCAAUAACAUUCUUGCUUACGACCUACGCUAAAUACAUGAAGUCCACGAAACACACGUUCAACUGCGGAAACUCUUUCAUCGCUCCCAACGCUCUGAUAAACUUGUCGAAGCGUCAAGUCGAUUACAUCCUCGGUGUGAAUCCGAUGAAAAUGUCUUACAUGGUUGGAUUCGGAUCGAGUUUCCCCAAGAGAAUCCACCAUAGAGGAUCCUCUCUCCCGAGCCGAGCAGUCCGUUCAAAUUCUCUGGGAUGCAGUGGCGGGUUCCAGUCUUUUCGCACACAAAACCCUAACCCUAACAUAUUAGCUGGAGCUAUCGUGGGAGGACCGGAUCGAAACGACCAGUAUCCAGACCAGAGAGAUGAUUACAGCCGGUCUGAACCAGCUACUUACAUAAAUGCGGCAUUUGUCGGACCCUUGGCCUAUUUUGUCGGAAAGUCGCAUUGAAUAGACGGUGUCUGGUCUCUUUGGCUUGAAUGGCCACUCACUCUUAGUUCAUUGCCUUUUUUUUUCUACAAUUUGAAAAGUCGUUAGAGAUCGGUUAGUCUAAAUCCUACGCGCGAAAAGAAGUGAACGGGUUUGGCUAUUCGAAUGUAAACUGUAAUGGGCUUUUAGUUCCAUGACUAAUCGGACUAUUUAGAAAGCUCAUCUUUGGCUC